AUGUGGCAAUGGUGGGUGCUGAAUAUCGUUUUCAAACUGGUUAUUCAUGGGCUGCCUAGUUCGUCGGCAGCGGCUAUAAAUAGCGAAAAUCAUCUUCCUCAAGUCGAUGAGAGUAUCGAGAAUUUGUCCAAUGAGAAUUCCACUGAAUUCGACGAUGAUUUUGAAUUUGAUGACAAUUCAAAAAACGCGCUAUAUCGAGUCGAGUCAAACAGAGUGGCGGUUUCCGAGGAUAAAGUCGUCGUGAAGGCCAAGGAAGUCAAGAAAUCGGAAUGGCUGAGGGAAAAACUGUUGGCCAAAAAUCACAAAUGUAAGUGGCAUUUAUAAGAAAAUUUUUUUAUGGGAAGUGACUUUGAGGCUCUAUUUUCACGGCGUAUGGAACGAAAUGUCCAAAAAUUUUUCGUCGACCGUGCGUACCAAUACCGAGGGGGCAAAAUUAAUAACUUAUAGGGCACAAUACUCGUAAAGCCAGAGCAAAAAAUAUUUUUCUUUGAUUUUAUCACAUAAUUUUCCAUGAUGUUUUGCUUGAAAAUGUUAAUUUUUACUCUCUUUCUUGUUUCCUUUUUUGAAGAUUUUUUGAAAGUAAUGCCAGUGAACCCAACAUUGACGUCAGAAAGUAUCAUAAAGAUCAUGAAAGCCCUCUGUCAACUGUUUUACAAACCCCCUGGUAUCACACCAUACGACGCUCGCUAAUCCUGUCUAUCAAAUUCUUGAACCCGUCGGCUCAAAACUGUCUGAUUGACACAAUAAUCGCUCUCAUUGUGCUAAUUUUAACUUUUUCAGCGCAGCUUCCGGAGGAAAUUCAGGCCGACCAAGAACUGAUUAGACUGCCGAUCGAACAAUUGGAGCUCAACGAAACGUGCAAAGCGAGUGUUUACCGACACAAGAUUCGAAUCGUGGGCUGUCUGGCCAAGAACGUUUACAAUAGGUGGGCAAAUAAUGAGGCUGAGGCAUAAAAAAUCAGUUUAAAUUACAGUAGGAAAAAAAUUUUUAAUGUUUUUGUUAAAAAACAAACAUAGGAAAUUUUCUGCAUAGUGUUGUUGUUGCAAAAUUUCCGGCAAAAUUACCUUACAUUAACCAAAAAUUUUUAUUUUUUAAAGCCUUCCCUCAAAAACUAAAUUAUUUCAGAUUCUGCCAAGGAACUUGUGUCUCCUUCUUUGUCCCCACCAUGCAAUCAUCAAAACUCAAAGCCGCCUUUCGAAGCUGCUCAAUUUGUGUUCCAGUUGAGACCUAUGUCCAUCAAGUUACAUUGCAGUGUCCUGGACGCCCUGAGGGCUUUAUUACUCGUGAUGUAGUUCGAGUCAAGCGUUGCGCAUGUCGCAACACUGACUUCUCGGCAGAAACGGAGUGA